CAGGCCGGGCUGGACCCCGUGUUUGGCGACUACAUGCGCGCGUUCAUGGCGUCCCCCGCCGCAGCAGCAGCAGACGGCCGCGUCUUCCUGCGGCGCCAGGCGCGCCGCGCGGGCGACCCGGACGCGGGGCCGGGCGCGCUCGGGGGCGUGGCGAUCUCGAACGGCCUGGAGUGCAAGAUCAGCUGCAGCAAUUCCAAGGUGUCCUAUGUGCUGGACACAGAGGAUGUUAUGCUGCGGAGACGCCGCGGCGCGGCGGGGGGCGCGGCCGGCGCGGCGGCGGACGGGCGGCGGCGGGAGCGGUACGGCGCGUGGCUGGCGGCGCGGGAGGCGGUGCUUCGGCCGGGGUUCGGGGCGCACGCGGCAACGCUGCCUGAGGUGAUGGCGGAGUGA